CGGGGGGGUCAUCCCCGGGGUGAAGGUUAGUGACGUCUCCUUCGCCGGCAUUCCGGUGAGAGUUUACGAGCCGCCGGCCGGAGGGGAGGGCCACCUGAGGAGGGGGUUGGUGUAUCUGCACGGAGGGGGCUGGGCCCUCGGCAGUGCCAAGAAAGGAUCCUGGGAUGCUGUGAACCGCAUGGUUUCUGAUGAGCUCAACACAGUUGUGGUGUCUGUUGAGUAUCGUCUGUAUCCCGAGGUUCUUUUCCCAGAACCGUAUUUGGACUGCCUCGCUGCUGCCAAACACUUCCUAUCUCCAGCGGUUCUGGCGAAGUACUCGGUGGACCCUGAACGCGUGGCUGUGGCAGGAGACAGCGCCGGAGGGAAUCUGGCUGCUGCAGUAGCUCAGGGGAUUUCCAUGGACGAGAGCGUGGCUGUGAAAUUCAGCGUCCAGGCUUUGAUCUACCCGGUGCUGCAGGCUCUGGACUUCAACACGCCUUCCUUCCUGCAGAACCAACACAUGCCCAUCCUCCGUCGGGACACCAUGGUCCAGUUCUGGCUCCAGUACCUGGGCGCCGACCUCUCCCUGCUGCCUCAGCUCGUGGCAAACAACCACAGCGCGUCGCAGCACUCGGGCAUCACGCCUGAGCUGAGGUCCAGGAUCGACUGGACCGCCCUCCUGCCUCAGAAGUUCAAGAAAAACUACAAGCCCGUCGUGGUGGAGAAAGGAUCGCAGGAGAUUCUGAAGAAGGUGCCGGGCUUUCUGGACGUGCGAGCGGCACCUCUUUUAGCCGGACCGGAGGUGUUGGCUAAAUGCCCGCGUGCGUUUAUCAUCACGUGUGAGUUUGACGUGCUGAGAGACGACGGGCUGAUGUACGCUCGGCGCCUACAGGACGCWGGCGUCUCCGUCACCAACGAGCACUACGAGGAGGGCUUCCACGGGUCUUUCAGCUUCCUGUUCUGGCCGAUGGACUUCGAUGUAGGAAAGAGAUCCGUCAGGGCUUAUAUUAACUGGCUGCAGAACAACUUGUAAGAGUUUAAUAAUUAGAGGCAGGUGCGUGGUGUUGCACGACGGAGGUUUGGCUACGUUCACUCUGCAGGCAAAUAUGACCCAAAUCUAAUGUGGUUCUUUUUGUCCUGUACAACCUAUAUUGGACUUUUUUCUCGUGACUGUCUGAACGUGACAAGUUCAAUUUUUUUUUUCUUUUUUCAAAUCCGACACAGGCCUUUUCAGUGUGUGAUACUGAACUGGAGACAUAUCUGAUGUUUUUCAAUGUGACUGCAAUCAUGUUAUCUUCUGCGCAUGUGGGUUGCAUCAGAGCCGUGUAAAGUUCACAUUGGAGUCAGAUGGCAGUUGCAUUUAAAACACAAUGUGAAUGUCUUUUAUUUUUUUAUUUAUUUUUUUGGUUUGGUUUCAAAAAAUCAGAAUUGAGCAUUUAGACCUGCAGUGUGAACGUAACCUUUUACCUACAAAAGGGCUCAAACAGCCUCUGUAUCAUCUGAGCUCAGGGUCUUCAUGUUCUCAGAUCCACACAUGCACUUUGUCCAGUUGUUUAGAGUCUAUGGAGGCAAAUCUCUCCUGAACCCACUGUGCAAGGAUACGUCUAAACGACGUUUUCAACGUCAUUUUUGGACGUCUAAAUUUGGGCCCUCGCAGGUGCAGACUGUGACGCCAGAAGACGUCUUUUUUUUGACGUCUGUCAAACGUCUCCUUUUGACGUCCUGCAGACCGCUAAUUGUGGUGCAAAUGCGGUCAAUAUAGACGUCUUUUCUGCGUCAAAUUUCAACUUAUUUUAGAAACUU